AUGGUCGCACCGUGGUUCUACGAAGAGGGCUGGGCGCCGUCGCCGGUCCCGUACCUCGAGGGUACGCUCGUCUUCGUCGUCGCCGUCUACGCCUUUGAGACGUACUUGGACUACCGCCAGCACGCCAAGCUGCACGAAACGUCGUUGCCACACGCGCUCGCGUCGGCCAUUGCGCACAUCGACGACGCGUCAGAUGCAAAGGCGCCAUCGCUCUUGGCGCAAACACAGGCCAAGUUUGAGAAAAGCCGUGUCUACAGCCUCGACAAGAGCCGCUUUGGGUUUGUCUCUGGCGCGAUCCACGAGCUCGAGGGCGUGCUCUUGCUUCUCGGUGGCUACUUGCCGUUCAUGUGGGCUCUCAGCGGCCGCCUCGCCGGGGCCUAUGGCGAAAUUCCGCAGUCGCUUCUCUUCGCCGUGCUCACGUCGCUCAAAGACGUGGUCUUCAACAUCCCGUUCGAGCUCUACUCUGUGUUCGUCCUCGAGGAGCGCCAUGGCUUCAACAAGCAGACGCUGCGUCUCUUCUGCACCGACAAGCUCCAAGGCCUCGCGUUGAGCGCGGUCUUUGGGCUCCCACUGCUGGCGGCGCUACUGGCGCUCAUCCAAUGGGGCGGCGACGCGUUUGUGUUGUACGUCUGGCUACUCACGUUUGGCUUCACGCUUCUCAUGCUCACCAUCUACCCCGUGCUCAUCAUGCCGCUUUUCAAUACGUUCACGCCGCUGCCCGACGGUCCGCUGCGUCGCCGCAUCGAGGCGCUCGCUGCACAGUUGCGCUUCCCGCUGACCAAGCUCUUUGUGUGCGACGGCUCGAAGCGAUCGAGCCACUCGAACGCAUACAUGUACGGCUUCUUCCACAGCAAGCGCAUCGUGCUCUUUGACACGCUCCUGACGCAAGCCAGCGACGACGAGAUCGUCGCGAUCCUCGGGCACGAGCUCGGGCACUGGAAGCUCUGGCACACGCUCCAGGGAUUUGCGUUCCAACAAGUCUACGUCGUUGCGCUCUUUUACGUCUUUGGCCGGUGCAUGCAUGACGUGGCACUGUUUCGCAGCUUUGGCUUUGCCGCGACGACGCCGGCACUGCCCGUCAUGAUUGGCCUCACGCUCUUUGCGCAGACGCUCUGGGCUCCGGUCGACAAGAUCCUCUCGUUCCUCCUCACGUACAACACGCGCCGGAACGAAUUUGCCGCCGACGCGUUUGCCGUGCAACUGGGCCACGCUGACGCGCUUCAAUCGGGCUUGACCAAGAUCUCGCUCGAGAACCUCGCCAACAUGAACCCGGAUCCAAUGUACUCCGCGUACCACUAUAGCCAUCCGCCGCUGCUCGAGCGGCUCAGUGCAAUCGGCGCCGUCAAGCACAAGAUGCUCUAA